GGUAUGGGAGACUGCUUCUUUAUUCUAACAAUAUGCAGAACAUUCCUGUGUGGUCUACAAAUGUGACGGUUCAAACUGCGAGCACUAGUUGCAGGGCUCAGCUUUUAGAUUCUGGAAAUUUAGUUAUUUUCCGGGAUAAUAAAAGCAAAAACUUUAUGUGGCAGAGUUUUGAUUAUCCUACAGAUACUCAACUUCCGGGUAUGAAACUAGGCGUGAAUUGGAAUUUGGGGAUAGAAUGGGUCUUAACAUCUUGGAAGUCACAGGAUGACCCUGGAACUGGGGAAUACACCGAAAGGCUCUAUUCCAAUCAGACCGCCACCCCCCAGUUUUUUACUUUUUAUAAAGGUUUGACUCCGUAUUGGCGAGCUGGUACAGUGGACCCGCGUAAUUUUGUCAGUAAUCAGGACGAAAUGUAUUUCUUUUUUAAAAACGAUAGCACUUCAAUAAGGUCGGUGUUGAAGGAUUCUGGGUCACUGCAAAUCCUCGAGUGGAGCAAUGCGAAUAGAGAAUGGAAGGAACUAUGGUCUGCGCCAAAAUAUCGGUGUGACCUGUAUGGAGAGUGCGGUGCCAACAGCAAAUGUAGCCCUGACAAUUUCAAUUUUUUUGGGUGUGAGUGUCUGCCAGGGUAUGAACCGAAGUCUGUCAAUGAUUGGAAGAGAUGA